UCCACCUCUAACUGUGAGACUAUCGAUAUUUCUUAACAAGUGAAAAACGGAGGAAAAAAAUAGUUAAUAAAUUUGGUUAAAAAUUGAAGGUAAACUGCAAAUGCAAUGUGCUAAAGUGAAGAAGAUGUGAAGAGCGCCGACCACGACGAGCAAAAGCGAGCGCGAUUCGUGGUGGUGGUGAUUGCUGCAGCAAUUGCAGCUGCACAUGUAUAUGUAUACGCGUGAGGGCCACAACCACACGUAUACACAGGCACAGGCACCCAGAUGAGUGUGCGUUUGCGUAGGAGGCAUCAAAAUAACAACAGCAGAAGCAGCAGUAGCAGUAGCACAAGCAGAAGCAAUCGUAGUAGCAGUAGCAACAAAGAGUCACUGGAAACCUGGAACUUGGAACGCCAGCAGGAAUUGCAGUGCCAACGUCGAUGUCCAGUAAAUAGGACCAGCAGGAGCCAUUACCACGCCAACAAAAACAACAGACACCAACAAUUAGAAUCAGAAGUGUCAUCCAGAAGUUAGCACAGAAAACUGGCAGCCAAAGCGAGCUCCUCCUAGGGCAGACCGGGGUAGGAGCAGCCAGGCGUCAGGAGCCAGGAGCGCCCCGCUCGCACUAUGGGCAAUUGCCUGAAAUGCUUCCAGUCUGCCGCCGAACAAUCGUUGCCAACGAACGCCUCGUCCCCCAAUUCCAACUCCAACUCAAACGCCUGCCCGGAGGCCACCAGCUUGGCCAACUGCUACAAUUCGGUGGGCACUAAUCCCAAUGCCAACGAGCGCUGCGCCCUCUAUAACGAUCGGCCGCGCGGCCUCCCAUUCCCAUUCCUCCCCUCAGAAACCGAUGAGCUGCUCUCUAGCCGAACUCCACUCAAGCCAGCAAAAGCAAACAAUUGUGAUACUAAGCGUAAUAGUUUUAAGUCUUUAGGUUUGCUUAAUGGCACUGCGCCCACCAUGAGCGAUAUCAUAACAACUGCUGUCAAGGAGUCCAUGGAGGUGUCGCACCAGAGCCUGAACCAACUAUACGACGUGUACAAAGAUCCGGACGACGAGGACAUGAUACUCACGGACGGCAUCGAGCGCCUAUGCAAUGACCUCAACUAUCAGCCCGAUGAGUUCGCCAUACUCGUCCUGGCCUGGUGCCUGGAUGCCUCGCAGAUGUGCCGCUUCACGAAGACCGAGUUCAUUGAGGGGCUGCUAAAGAUGCGGGCGGACACAAUAGAGAGCAUCCGGCUGCGGCUGGAGCAGACAAUUGAGAUGCUCAAGGCGGACGCCGAGAUGUUUAAGCAGCUCUACCGCUUUACUUUUCGCUUUGGCCUAGAGCCCGACCAACGCGUCCUCUCCCUGGAGAUGGCCAUCGACCUGUGGAAACUAGUGUUCACUGUACAAACACCUGAUCUCUUCUCCAACUGGAUACACUUCCUCGAAAAGCACCCGAAUAUUCGCCGCAUACCGAAGGAUACAUGGAACAUGUACCUCAACUUUACGGAACAAUGUGAUAUACAAAAUUAUGACGACACCGAAGCGUGGCCCAGUCUGUUCGACGACUUUGUCGACUAUGAGAAGAACCGAGCGCUGGAAUCGGCGGGCAUCCAUGACGAUGACAACAACAACGACGAUCCCCUGCAGAGCCGCUGCAAGGGCGAGGAUCCGCAUCGGGUCUCGUAGUAGCAGCAGCACUCUCUUCCACACUCUUCAGGGCCACAAGCAACGUUCAACUCGCCAAUAUAGAAAUAGCACAUGUACAUUUUUACUUUCCCUUGAUUACUUGCUCUCUUGCUGCUGCUGCUUUAGUUCUCGCCAAGAAAGGAAACUGGAAGAAAAAGAACAAAAAAAAAAAACGUAUAGCCACUGAAAAACGAACGAUGCGGUGCUGGCGCUGCUUGAGGACCUCCUCCUCCAACUGCCAUCAGUUAUUAUGAGAAACAUUUUGGCCGGAGCAACGGACGCAUUUGUUUUAUGUAAUUAAAGACUUAUCGAGACAAGAAUUUCGUAAAAGCUCAAUCAAUGGAAGAAAGCAAAUAAGCAACAACACAUGUGUAUAUACAUAUAACUAAAUGACUUUGCAGGCGGAGCAAAAGGCAGACCGUAUAUAAUAAUAUUUAGCGACUAAUUGAUGUAUUAUUUUAACAAACAAGAUUGCAACAUUUUAUGGCACUUACCUAUAUUUAAAUGCAUACAAUUACAUACUUAACUGUAAGUAGUGGAUGUGAAUUAAAUAAAAGCAACUAAAAGAGGAAA